AGUAUUAGUGCAUGGUUCCGUGUAAAGUGAACACAUUCUGCAUCCCGUGUUUUUUGGAAAAAUUAUACAGGUAGCAAAGAGACUAAUUCACCUUUGGCUUUGUGGCAAUAUACCCAUUACAUCCUUCUUUUCCCUCGGAAAGGAAGCAGCAGGAGGUCAGAGCGUUCCGGGUGCUUGCUGACAUGGAGAGCAAUUCCUCACUCCUGACGUUUCUCCUACUGAUGUGCUCCAUCAGCAGCAGCUGUCCAUUUCCAUAUUCAGUGUUUUUGAGAAAAGACGAAGCACACGAGGUGCUGAAAGUCCAUAAACGUGCUAACUAUUUUCUGGAAGAGAUUCGUCCAGGGAACUUGGAGAGAGAAUGCAGUGAGGAAAAGUGUUCGUUUGAGGAGGCUAAGGAGAUCUUCCAUUCGCAGGAGAAAACGAUGGAGUUUUGGUUUAAUUACAAAGGUUUAAAUCCGUGUAGCACAAACCCCUGUAACAAUGGUGGAGUCUGCAAAAUAAGACACUACAAUUACUUCUGCAUCUGCCCCCCAAAAUUUGGAGGAGACAACUGUGAAAGUGAGAAGCUGGAAUGCUGGUACAAGAACGGAGGGUGCUGGCAGUACUGCAGGGAGAGCAGCAGCGCCUUGCAGGUGGCGUGUUCCUGCGCCAAGGAUUACACCCUGCACGAGGACGGGAAGAGAUGCACGCAGGCAGCACCGUUUCCGUGUGGCCUGAUCAAAGCCAGGCAGGCUCUGGAGUGGCGGCUGGGGCAGAACAGGCUCCCGAGGGGACUGGGCGAGCACGGGGGUGACAUGGCCAAGUGGAAUGAGAGCAGAGAGGGCACAGUUAGGCAAACGGAGCUGGUACAAAGUGCUUUUGGGGAAAAUGAGACCUUAAAGGAUGACUUUGGGCAGAGCAUGCACAUGGAGGGUGAUGCUGGACAAACUGAGGCUGCAGGAGAUGUUUCCAGCUGGAACAAGACACUGGUGGACCCUGUGACCCAGAAGUGGCUGGGAGACAGUGCUGCUGGGCAGGAGGGGGAUGUCCCCGAGCACCCCGGGGCAGCGGAGGUGACCAGUGAGCCCCAGGGCCCUGCCUGGCAGAGCACGGCCGCGGCAAGGCAGGGAGAAAUGGUGGAAGAUGCUGCUGGGUGGAACAGAACGGGGAGCGCCCGCAGCGUGCCCAGUGGGCUCAGCCAGAGCAGCCACGGGGGAAACGUUUCAGACAGGCCUCAGCAUGUCCAGCUGACCGUCAGCUCCACUCCAGAGCACCAGGACGCCAGGGUGACGGGAGGAACUCUUUGUCAGCGUGGACAUUGCCCCUGGCAGGUUUUGAUCCGGAAUAGUAAAGAUAUUGGCUUCUGUGGAGGGAGUUUAAUCAGCAGUCGCUGGGUGGUCACUGCUGCUCACUGCCUGGAUCUCGUCAGGCCCCACCACGUGACCGUAGGAGACUUUGACAAAUACCGAAGAGAAUUCAAAGAGCAGAAGAUUGGUGUGGAACGGAGCUGGACGCAUCCCCAUUACGAUUCAAACGACUACAACAGCGACAUCGCCUUGUUGUACUUGAGCAGCGAGGUUGUUUUUAACGAGUAUGUAAUUCCCAUCUGCCUUCCAAGCCCCAGCCUGGCCACCCUGCUCUCUGAAGAAGGAAGGAUAGGGACGGUAAGCGGGUGGGGUGUCACUCACACCAGAGGCUCGACUCUGCGCUUCCUCAUGAAAGUCCAGCUGCCCAUCGUGAACAUGGAGACCUGCCAGCGGUCAACAGACAGGCUCGUCACCGACAACAUGUUCUGCGCAGGUUACCACACGGCCGGUGCAGACGCCUGCAAAGGGGACAGCGGUGGCCCCUUCACGGUGCCUUACCACAACACCUGGUUUCUCCUGGGCAUUGUAAGCUGGGGCGAGGGCUGUGCUGAAAGAGGAAAAUACGGUGUAUACACCAGGGUAUCCAACUACAUCCCAUGGAUUAAAGAGGUUGUUGAAAGUGUAGCAGAUUCAGAAAACCUUUCCAUUAACUUUUUGUAAUACCACCCCUUUAAAACCACGAAUAAUUCUAAUAGUGUACCAGUCUAAGACACAG